AUGGAGCUGCAAACCGAAACCCAGCCUUCUUGCGUCGUCCAGGCUCGCUGCCCACAAGAUGACUCCCCGCACCAGGUGAGGUUGUCUGGGAAGAUUUCCCCAGCGAAGCCCUGCUUCAAGAAGAAGCAGGCCUCCAAAAGACUAAGUACCGGAGCCAUCCGGAACUUGAGGCCCAUCUUAAACACUUUAUUAGAAGCCAGGUCGCUCGAUGGGGUUUUCGUGCCCAGGAGCCAGAACGGAAACGAGGGCGGUUUAUGUGAGCCUGUCGUGAAAAAGGCCCUGGUGAUCAAUGCAGCCUGCCCGCCAGCAGGAAACGACCUGCCCGUGCUGAUCCCUGGAGAGACAGAUGUUGGGGGACAGAUUCCCGAGGCCCACCCUUCCUCCGAGGGCCCUGAGCAGGAUGUCUCGCCCCAAGAGGAACCCGGUUUCCCUUCGGAGAACGCCAAUGGGGCCGUGACUAAUCCUGCUUCUGGACCUUUCCGGGAUCACCUCCUGCACCCAGCCCCCAGUUACCCGCCCACCAGUCCGGACGGCUGGGACAAGGUUCUCGACUGCGUUUCGGGGUUAUUCCAAGAGGAUAGCUAUGCAAUCCAGUACAACUUGAACCCCAGCGAUGAGUUGACUAGUGGGCUCUUCCAGGACAAGAGUGAGGAGGCUUCCCUUGACCUGGUGUUCGAGCUUUUGAAUCAGUUACAGUACCACACCCAUCAGGAGAAUGGGAUUGAAAUCUGCACGGAUUUUCUGCAAGGCAGCUGUAUUUACGGCAGCAUUUGUCCAAAGCACCACACGGUCUUGCCGUAUCACUGGCAAGUCAAGAGGACAGCUAGUCAAGUAUGGCAGAGUGUAACCAAUGAUUCCCAGGAACAUUUAGAGAGACUUUACUGUAAUCCAGACAAUGACAGAAUCAGACUGAAGCAUAGGGGACACGAAUUUUGGGCAGAUCUUAAUGCUAUGAACGUGUAUGAAACAACGGAAUUCGACCAAGUGCGGAGGCUCUCCACCCCAUCGUGUACUACUGCCAAUUCUAAUUACCACACAGUUUGGAAAUACUUCUGCAGGGAUCACUUUGGCUGGAGAGAAUACUCUGAGCCCGUGGUGAGAUUGAUAGAAGAAGCCAACUGCAGGGGUCUAAAGGAGGUCCGGUUUGUGAUGUGGCACAACCAAUACAUCCUGAACAUUAAGGAUGGCUUCCAGCAGAACUCUUGCUUCAGGAGAGAAAUCAAAAAGAGGCCCCUUUUGCGCUCCUGUGUCGUGCUGAUGCCAUACCUGCAGACUCUUGGAGGAAUUCCACUGCCACUCCCAUCUCUAGAAGCCACCUCUUCUCAAGUCUUCUACCCACCUUCAGUUACCUCUCCAAACUUUUACCCUGAAACUUGGAUUUCCAUGGACCCCUCUCAGGACUUUAUCCAAGUGCCUGUUUCCAAGGAGGACAAGAGCUACCGAACCAUCUAUAAUCUCUUUCACAAGACUGUGCCGGAGAUUAAGUAUAGGAUUUUGAAAAUAUUGAGGGUGCAGAACCAGUUCCUCUGGGAGAAAUAUAAAAGAAAAAAGGAAUAUAUGUCUAAGAAAGUGACUGGCCUGGACCGGAUAAUGAACGAGAGACAUUUAUUCCAUGGGACCUCCCAAGAUGUGGUGGACGGGAUCUGCAAGCACAACUUCGACCCCCGCGUCUGCGGGAAGCACGCCACCAUGUUUGGACAAGGCAGCUACUUUGCCAGAAAAGCCAGCUACUCGCACAGUUUCUCCAAGCGCUCCCCCAAGGGGAUUCACUACAUGUUCCUGGCCAAAGUGCUCACGGGAAAGUACACAGUGGGCAACCAUAACAUGAGGAGGCCACCUCCCGUCAACCCCGGCAGCAUCACCAGUGACCUCUACGACUCCUGUGUGGAUAACUACUUCGAACCUCAGAUCUUUGUCAUUUUUAACGAUGACCAGAGCUAUCCCUAUUUUGUUAUCCAGUAUGAAGAAGUCAGUGACACUGUCCCUAUCUGAAAAUCUACCGUACUGCUAAAUUAUUUGAUAGAAUACUUCUUAUCCAGCACCUGUAGCAGGUUUUGUGUGUGUGUUUGGGGUUGGGGGGUGGGAGGGGAUCUCUCGGGUGUUGUGGGGAAAACAGACAUUGCUCUGAACUUACCAGUGACCGAAAGGUGAGAUCGAUUUACCAAAAAACCAAAAAAAAUCCCUGAAAAUAAUUGUACAUUUGCUAUUUGGUCACUUGCUCAUCAAUCCCAGUGAACUCUGUGUGGAAAGAACCCGGCUUGUGGGUGGGACUUUUCGAUCACCCAGUUACAAGUAACAACACCGUCAGCAGGAACGUCUUUGGAAAUGAACAGGAAAUGAACAGCCGCCCAGAGUGGAGCAGGCUUGCAGGGCUUUAAGGGUUAGGUGGGGCUGAGCAAGAGACAACUGAAUGAAAUUGAGCAAUGCGACUGGUCUCCUGUGCGUAUGGAACCCCACGCUAGCCGAAAGGAGUCUCUGGGUUAAUGUGGUUAAAGGUGGGAACAGCUCAUGACAUCGUCACUUGCAGACUUUUUUUUUUUGUAUCUUUUCCACAGUUGAUUUUGAGUUAUCUCCAGAGGUCACCCAGUUGGGUGACUCUUUUUCUCCACUCCCAUUUUCCCCAGAACCCCAACCAAAUUGAAGGGAAUUGUAGGAUUCUGGAGGUCACUGCCGUUUCCGUGUAAAGGGGGGUAAAAAAAAAAAAGUAAUGGUCAAGACUGGGACAGUUGUCUCUACGGUUAGUCACUAGCCAGCUAUGUGGAAUGCAGCAGUGGCCCUGUUCUCACCCUGCCCGGAAUGGAAGCCACGUGGGCCAGCAGCCGGGGGUGUAGGUGGCUAUGGGAGGCAGAGCUGGGCCAGUGGAGGAGGAGACAGCAACUGCUCCGAAGAGGCAGGCCUAGGGGCCAAAAGGUGGGAUGUUAGGCUGCAGAAGAGAUGGGGAGAUAGGGGAGACCAGACGCCUAAGGGUGCCUUAUUUGAUCAGGCUCAGAGAAACUGUGCAGGGAACAAAAGCAGAAAGGCUGCAACUGCUGUUGCUCUGGUCCCUGAGGGUGUCUGGGGUGGAGGUGGCAUCCAACAAAAAAUGAGCCUCGAGUCAUUUAGAAUGAAUUACGUUGAGCUCCCUGGGGUUGGCUGGAUUCUCUUUUAUUCUGGUCCUUCCCCUGCUUAUGGUUUUAUUGGAUUUUAAUGGGAGACCUUAUUGUGAAAUGUUCUGAACCCAGAUUAGAAUUUUAAUGUAAAGCAGACUCAUGAGAGAGAGAGAGAGAGAAUGAGCCAUAGGGCAGGAGAGAAAAAAAAAUAUAUUCCAAGAAGCUUAAUACAAUGAAAAUUGGAGUGGUAACCGAUCGUAGCACCUCUACGGAGGCCAGGAUGGCCAAAUGGUAGUCCUGGAGAAGUGCCCUGGCAUAGUGCCACCCAACCCUGGACCCCGCUAAACUGGGGACCCCAGAGAAGGGAGGGACUUGCUCUGAAUCCAGUGAGGAAGGAAAGGAAUAGAAAUCCCCUCAUGACCAACACGGCCCCCUCACCUUGGGCUGCAGCGGAUGAAUCAGGGACCCUUGUCUGUAUUUGUUCAGUCAGUGGCAUCUCUCUCGACCCCCACAAUGUUUGCUCAGCACUGGGCGAUCCUUGGGGAGCUAUAAAGGAAGAAUCAGACACACUCUCUGUCCUAGAGGAGUUUAUGAUCACACGGGGAGGUGCCAUUGCGGGUUACAUUGACUCCCUGUGAAACCAAGGAAACGUGACACGGACUGGGGGUUGCUCCCUUUGAACCUGCCCUCAGGACCACAGCCUCAGCCUUGAGACCACCCCAUUCUCCGGCCGAAGCAUCCGCUGAGGGCUCAGAACAAAUCUCUGUACACAUGUCAUUAUUAUUAUUGUUAUUAUUGUACUUAACAAUAAUAAUAAUUGUCAUUUGU